AUGGCAGCUGCACGCCCAACCAGGGAGCAAUUGUACAUCUCUGAGACGCCGGACGAGGUCAAGAAUGCUAAGGGCUUGCAUUUGAUCACAAUGUCCACUCCUAAUGGACAAGCUGUACAAAUCAUGCUCGAGGAACUCCAUGACGCUUAUGGCACUGAACAUACCACCACCUUGAUUAGCAUCAUGACCAAUGAGCAAAAGAAAGAGUGGUUCCUCCGUUUGGAUCCCAAUGGACGGAUUCCAGUAUUGAUAGACAACACGCAAGAUCCUCCUUUCCCUGUACACGAGACGAGUGCAGAGAUGUUCUACCUGUUGAAGUUUGCAGACAAGGAGGACAGGUUUGGAUUCAAGGACGAGUUGGAGAGAAACCAGGCUAUUCAGUGGACAUUCUUCUGGCACGGCAGUGGUGCUCCAUAUCAGGGUCAGGUGAAUCACUUCAACAAGUUUGCACCAGAGAAGAUUGAAUAUGCUAUUAACCGUUUCAAGAACGAGACUCUGCGUGUCUACGGUGUGCUCGAGAUUCUGCUCUCGGGCAAAUACACUGGUGAACCACGAGACUACCUCGCUGGAUUCGGCAAGGGCAAGUACAGUAUCGCAGACAUGAAGACAUGGCCAUGGGUCAAGGCCUGGGACUUCUCUGGCUUCACCAAGGAGGAUAUGCAACCAUUCCCACAUUUGAUGAAGUGGAUUGAUAGAAUUGGCGAGAGAGACGCUGUAAAGAGGGCGAUCGGAGAGAAAUAUCAGAUGGAGAAGUAG